UACGGUGUGUUCCGUUGAGUGGACGUAGGGGUUUAGCGAAUGUCGGGUGGCUUAGUAAGGAUGUUCUUAUUUUCCUUGGAACUAUCGGAUUUUAUUGCACAAGAUAAGUGAAGCCAGUUGUAGGCAUACGGUAAAACCAUUUUGAAUUGGCUGGUGUAGAAGAAGUCAAGUGGUACUCAAAAAUUUGUGCGUGAGAUAUUGUGGCAAUUUCGGGGUUCCCACUCAGUUCCCUUACGACCUGCCUUGGAUUGAGUUGCGGAUGUUCUGGUUGAAAAUGCCAAUAUCGCUAGUGUCGGUCUGCGGUAAAAACAUAUAGUGACAAUGGACGCGUAGAGCCAAAUGUAAUUGCGAAAAAAAUUGCGGAUAAUAUUCGCGCUGAACUACGUCAUCAAGUGGGUUCGGGAAAAAAUUGCACAAAGGUGAGGCUGCGCGCAAUCGCAGGUAGAAUCGUCGUUUGUUGGUAGUUGCGCUUAUCGUGGUUAGUACCGUCGCGAUCUCUUCCCCUCGCUAUUUGUUGCCUUGUAAGCAAAACUGGUGAAACUGGUAAGAGUUCAAAAUCCAGAAAGUGUGACGGACUUUUAAGAUUUAUCCUCGGCGUGUUUUCCAUUCAUUCAAAACUCAGUUUGAUUUGCAUGAAUGAAUCGAUCAGUUACACUAUUGCCAGCAACUAUCGCGAUGGUGGUUACCUGUACAUUGUCCGCUUGACGGCACAAAACCUGUUUUAUCUCGCAACUGAACGAAUUUCGUGUGCUGUGCUGUGACGGCAAAACAUAAAGGCACGGAGUGACAAUAAUUGUGCAACGAUACUUUCUAUCUGGAACAAAUUAAUAAGAACAGGAUGGAUAGUUGGAAUUCGAAACAGUUUUUCCACCUAGGGAUUAUUCUAGCGUUUCUCCUGCCACUCGGCAUUGGAUCGGAGUAUAUGGAGCACUCCGACAUGAAAGUUUGUAUCGGGACGAAUAGUCGCUUAUCAGUGCCAUCCAAUCGAGAACACCACUACAGAAAUUUACGUGAAAGGUUCAUAAAUUGCACUUAUGUUGAUGGCAACUUAGAGUUGACAUGGCUUCAAGACAAAAAUUUAAAGUUAAAUUUUUUGGAACAUAUUCGAGAGGUGACAGGUUAUAUUUUAAUAAGUCACGUUGAUGUUGAGCAUAUUGUACUUCCAAAAUUACAAAUAAUUCGCGGUCGCACAUUCUUCAAACUUAAUGUACAAGAAGAAAAUUUCUCAUUGUUCGUUACACACUCACAAAUGCAUACAUUGGAACUGCCUGCGUUGAGGGAUAUUCUGCAAGGCUCAGUUGGAUUGUAUAAUAAUUUCAAUUUGUGCCAUAUUAAAACAAUUGAGUGGGAAGAAAUUAUGAGCGAUCCCGAAGGGAAGUAUAAAUAUGUUUACAAUUUUACUGUUCCUGAACGUGAAUGUCCUAAGUGUGACAAACAAUGCGAAAGGGGGUGUUGGGGCGAAGGGCCUCAUAAUUGUCAAAAGUUUAGCAAAUUAACAUGCUCUCCACAGUGUGCGCAAGGCAGGUGCUUUGGGCCGAAUCCAAGAGAGUGUUGCCAUUUAUUUUGUGCUGGUGGUUGCACAGGGCCUACUCAGAAAGAUUGUUUAGCGUGUCGCAAUUUUUACGACGAUGGAGUGUGUAAACAGGAAUGUCCUCCAAUGCAACGUUAUAAUCCAAUCACUUAUUUGUGGGAAGCAAAUCCUGAAGGCAAAUAUGCUUAUGGAGCAACUUGCGUAAAAAGCUGCCCAGAACACUUACUACGCGAUAAUGGGGCCUGCGUCCGAACAUGCCCAUCGAAGAAAAUGGCAAAAGAUGGUGAAUGUGUUCCCUGCAACGGCCCCUGCCCCAAAACAUGUCCAAUUCAUUCAAUUCUUCAUUCAGGAAAUAUUGACGACUUCAAAGGAUGCACUAUUAUUGAUGGGUCAAUUCGAAUUCUAGAUCAAACAUUUGCUGGAUAUCAAGAGGUGUAUAGAAAUUUUUCCUUCGGCCCUCGUUAUGUUAAAAUGCACCCAGACAGGCUUGAAGUGUUUUCAACAGUGAAAGAAGUUACAGGAUUUAUUGAUAUUCAAGGCGAACACCCGGAUUUCAAGAAUCUAUCUUACUUUAGGAACUUGGAGGUUAUUCAUGGCCGCCAAUUGAUGGAAAAUUACUUUGCUUCAUUCUCAGUUGUAAAAUCUUCACUGGUUUCUUUAGAGUUGAAAUCUUUGAAACGAAUAAACUCAGGAGCGGUCGUUAUACAAGAAAAUCCAAAUAUUUGUUAUGCUGAUGGAAUCGACUGGUCUAAAAUACAAAAGUCUUCAGAACACGGAUACGUUAUAGCUAAAAACAGAGAUCCAAAGGAGUGCAGAAAAGACAAUUUUAUUUGCUCUGAACAAUGUGACAGUUCUGGCUGUUGGGGUGCUGGACCAGAUCAAUGUCUGGAAUGCAAGAAUUAUAAAUACAACGGGACAUGUAUAGCCAGUUGUGACAGCAUAGUAAAUGCUUACCACGCAGAUUCAAAGACCUGCAAAACUUGUCAUCGAGAAUGUAAAUCAUGUAUUGGACCUGGACCAGAUAAUUGUACGCAAUGUCGUCAUGUAAGAGACGGUCACAUCUGUUUAGCAAAGUGCCCUGAAACAAAAUAUUCAGAUAACGGAAUCUGCCGACCAUGCAGUGACGUAUGUAAUGGUUGUACAGGACCUCGGAAUACUAUUGCGCAUGAUGGCUGUAUUACAUGUGAAAAAGCGAUUAUAAAUGACGACGCUAGCAUCGGAAGGUGUUUAGGGAAGAAUGAAAGCUGCCCUAUCGGUUAUUACUUCGAAUAUUUUAUGUCUCAAGAACAAACCAACGCAUUGAAAGCAUUAGCUGGGAAAAUUUUAUGCAGGAAAUGUCAUCCAAGAUGCAAGGUUUGCAAAGGUUAUGGAUUUCACGAAUCAGUUUGUCUAAAGUGUGCAGGAUAUAAAAGAGGAGAACAGUGUGAGGAUGAAUGUCCUAUGAAUUAUUAUGCCGAUGAAGAGAAGCAAGAAUGUUUUGAAUGUCAUAAAGAAUGUCAAGGCUGCUAUGGUCCAGGACCAGAUAACUGUAUUUCAUGUCGCACAUAUAAGCUAUUUCUAGACGGAGAAAAUCACCCCGAUAACACAACUGCCUUCAAUUGCACUGAUAAAUGCCCACCCAACUACCCUCAUGUGAAUACAGUUCCUUAUUCGGAUAGGCCAUAUUGUGCCGCUGAAAUGGAGGGAUUGGUGCAAGGUGCCACCGCGAAGUCAUCGAUGAUUUUGAUCGGUAUGCUAGCGCUAUUAUUAGGGCUUCUGGUGGUAAUGGUUGCUCUGAUUUAUCACUGUCGACAAAAAACUAGAGCAAAAAAGGAGGCAGUUAAGAUGUCUAAACAAAUAGUAGGUUGCGAGGAUGCAGAGCCACUUCGGCCGACAAACAUCGCUCCUAAUUUAAAUAAACUACGUAUUAUAAAAGAGUCGGAGUUGAGUAAAAGUAACAUAUUAGGUACAGGUGCUUUCGGUAAAGUAUUCAAAGGUGUCUGGGUCCCAGAAGGAGAGAAUGUCAAGAUUCCAGUUGCUAUAAAAGAACUUCUCAAUGAAUCGGGAUUCGAGUCGAGUAAAGAAUUUCUAGCCGAAGCCUAUAUAAUGGCAUCAGUUGAACAUCCAAAUUUGGUGAAAUUACUUGCAGUUUGCAUGGCAUCCCAAAUGAUGUUGGUUACACAGCUGAUGCCUCUUGGGAGCCUUUUUAACUAUGUCAGAGAAAAGAAGAAUAACAUCGGCUCUAAAGCGCUUUUAAAUUGGUCUGCUCAAAUUGCACGUGGAAUGGCUUACUUGGAAGAGAGGAGACUUGUUCACAGGGAUUUAGCAGCUCGUAAUGUUCUAGUACAAACGCCGUCAUUCGUGAAAAUCACUGAUUUCGGAUUAGCAAAAUUGCUCGCGGAGACAAACGAAUAUAAAGCUGCAGGUGGGAAAAUGCCAAUUAAAUGGUUGGCAUUAGAAUGCAUUCGACAUCGCAUAUUUACGAGUAAAUCAGAUGUUUGGGCUUUCGGUGUGACGAUUUGGGAGCUCCUCACAUUUGGUCAACGACCUCACGAAAACGUUCCUGCCAAGGAUAUACCCGAUCUGAUUGAAAGUGGAGCAAAACUAGAACAGCCCGAAAUUUGUUCACUUGAUGUAUAUUGCACGUUGCUGCAAUGUUGGCAUCUAGAACCGGAAAUGCGGCCUUCAUUCAAACAAUUGGUCGAUACAUUUGCUGAUUAUGCGCGAGACCCGGGACGAUACUUAGUUAUUCCUGGUGACAAGUUCACCAGGCUUCCUCCAUAUACUAGUCAGGAUGAAAAAGAUUUGAUACGAAGACUUUCUUCACCUUUUUAUAACCAAGAACCACAAGCUGAAAAUGAAGAUUAUCUGCAGCCAAAAGUUCAACCAGGCCCCAGUUGCCAGCAGCAAUCUGAAUCGCUCCCUAAAUCGCUUAGAUAUUGUAGUGUUUCUUUAAACAGAACGUCAUCCGGUGAUGAUGAAACCGACUCCAAUUAUCGUAAAGUUGGUAUCGGAAACCUGCAUUUAGAUUUACCAUUAGAUGAGGAUGACUAUCUGAUGCCUACAUGCCAACCAACCAAUGGGAAUUCAGCACCAAGCGGCUACAUGGACUUGAUAGGUGUUCCAGCGAGUAUCGAUAAUCCAGAGUAUCUAAUGAGCUCUGGCCCAGGACCCAGUGAUACAGAUAGUGCAGUGCCAACACAAACAAUUGGCAUCCCAGUAUUAUCAAGCGAAGGAGAACAAACUAGUUCCGAUCAUGAAUAUUAUAACGACCUUCAACGCGAAUUGCAACCUUUACAUCGAAGUGAAACAACAGUUUGAUUUUACGAUUACGAGAUUUUAAAGUGGAAAAACAAAGCAAUCACUUGUGUUACUUCAAUUUGUGCCUUAUUCUCCCGUUUUAUCAAGUUCUUAUAGAAAAUAUAUUACGGGUUUAAAAAUUGCAAAUAUGUGCGGCGAAUGAAAAAUAAAAGUUCAACGCUUUUGAUAUUUUCAAAUAGGAUCGAAGAGUGUAUAAAAUUAAAGUGCCUUUUUAACAUUUUCCGUAGAAAUAAGAUGAUUUUUAAGCCAAGCUAUUUGUAGAUAGUAAGUACUUAUUGCCCAGAAUACAUAAAGAUUUUUUACUUUUCUGUAAGUUAUUGCAACUUUAUAUGUUUAUUUUAAGGAAAAAUGUAUUCAUUUCAUGAAAAUCACUUCAGUGAUUUGAUUUCAGAUGAAAUAACAUUUAGUUCUUAUAUUAGCGCUAGAUUACAAUAUAAGUAAACUCUGUGAUACAUAGAAAUAUUGCAUAGAUUCAACUUUUUUAGAAAGUUUGGUCUUAAGUUUUUACGAAAUUUUAAUUGUAAAUCAAUGAAGAUAUAUAUGUUAAAAUAUAUUUAUUAAAUAUAUAUCUAUAUAUAUCUGAAUAAACAUUUUUCAAAAUCGGUAUAAUAUCAAACGGAUA